AUGACCACCCCUACCGACCCCGGGCUCCUCACAGUGCCCCUCCUCAUAAACGGCCACGAAGAAAUAACGCCCAAGACAUUCCCCGUAAUCAGUCCUUACACCAACAAGCCCAUCUGGAACUCCUCCGCCGCGACUCCCGAAGAUGCAAUCCGCGCAGUCGAAGCAGCCGACGCCGCCUUCCCCGCCUGGUCGCAGACAAAACCAACCGUGCGACGCGACAUCCUACUCAAAGCCGCCGACCUACUAGAGGAACGUCUCGGGGACAAUGCCGACUACAUGCGCCAAGAGAUGGGCGCUGACGUCGGUGCCUCUGCGGGGUUCGUCGUCCCGCUUGCAGUGCGCAUGUUGCGCGAUGUCGCAAGCCGCAUUACUUCUAUCUGUGGGAGUGUGCCUGUAGUCGAGACGGAGGGGCAGAGUGCUAUAGUGUUCAAGGAGGCCAUGGGAACGCUCCUUAUGUCUUCGGUAUUCGCUCUGCGGCCUGCGCUCUUGCGGCUGGUAACACGACUAUCCUUAAAUCUUCGGACCUCACGCCCCGCUGCUACUGGGCCAUUGGGCGCGCGUUCGAAGAUGCCGGCCUCCCCCGCUGGCUGUCUUAAUAUUAUCCACUGCGCUCCGCAGGAUGCCGCUGAGGUUGUCAAUACUAUGAUUGAGCACGAGGCUGUGCGCAAGAUUAAUUUCACUGGUAGCACGGCGGUUGGUCGGAAGAUUGCGCGUGCGUGCGGUCAGAAUCUCAAGCCUUGUCUGAUGGAGUUGGGUGGGAAGAACAGCUCGAUUGUCUGUCAUGACGCUAAUUUAGAGACUGCCGUGCAGGGCGUUCUUGCAGGUGCAUUUUUGAACUCUGGCCAAAUCUGCAUGGCAACCGACCGCAUCCUCGUCCACUCUUCAAUUCUUCCGGCUUUCACAGAGGCCCUGAAAAAGGCCCUGGCAGCAGGUGCCGAAGCCUCAUCCCUGCCCCCCACACUGGUUAAUACAGCAUCGAAGACCCGCGUCGAAGCCCUAAUUUCCAGUGCCGUAUCAGCAGGCGCUCAUUUUAUCUCCGGGUCUGCGGACAGCGUACCCCUCGAAUCGGGAGUGCGCAUGGCACCCGCCGUCUUGGGCGGCGUCAAGGAAGACAUGGCACUGUGGCAGGAGGAAUCAUUUGCCUCUGUAGCAGCGUGCAUGCCCUUUGACCGCGAGGACGAAGCCAUUCGCCUUGCCAAUGGGAGUGGCUAUGGGCUGUCGGCGUCAGUGUUCACGGAGGAUCUACGGAAGGGCUUGGCGAUGGCCAGACGGAUUAAAUCUGGGGCUGUACACAUUAACAGCAUGACGAUCCACGAUGAGCCUGCUCUUCCUCAUGGCGGUGUGAAGAACAGUGGCUGGGGUCGGUUCAAUACUGAUGAGGGGUUGAAUGAAUUCUUGGUUACGAAGAGUGUGACCUGGAUGGAUUGA